GCCCCUGAGCCGCAGGGCCCCGGGGCUCGCCCCGCCGGCGGUCCCGCGCCCGGCCCGCGGCGGGGAGCCCGCGCUGCGGCGGAGCCCCGCGCCCUUCCAUCGCCGCCGCUCCGGCCACGGCGAGCGAGACCCACCCGAGCCCGCGGGCGCAGCGCGGAGCGGCCCCCGCGGCGGGCCGGGGACGCAUGCGCGGGGCUGGCGAGCCGCCGUGCCCGGGCGCGGAGCCCGCCGCUAACGGAGGGGAACGGGGCAAGGACUCCCAGCGCGCCCCCGGCGCCGCCGCCGACACCCCCAUGGGAUCAGAGCGGAUGGAGAUGCGCAAACGGCAGAUGUCUACGGCCCAGGAGACCCCAGGCUCUGCACAGGCACAAAACAACAUGGGAAAUCGAGGGUCCAAUGCCUGCUGCUUUUGUUGGUGCUGCUGUUGCAGCUGCUCAUGUCUUACUGUUAGAAAUCAAGAUGAAGAGAGAGCGAGAAGAGCAUCCCAUGAACUCCAAGGAGAGGGUAUUCCAAAUUGUGAGGAAAGUCCUGCUCCUACACUUGAAGAAGUAAAUGCCUGGGCUCAGUCAUUUGACAAACUAAUGCUUACGCCAGCUGGUAGAAAUGCUUUUCGCGAAUUUCUCCGAACCGAAUUCAGUGAGGAAAACAUGCUUUUCUGGAUGGCCUGUGAGGAAUUAAAACAAGAAUCCAGCAAAAGUGUCAUUGAAGAAAAAGCAAGACUAAUUUAUGAAGAUUAUAUUUCUAUUCUUUCUCCAAAAGAGGUCAGUUUGGACUCCAGAGUAAGAGAAGUUAUUAACCGAAACAUGCUGGAACCCUCACAACAUACCUUCGAUGACGCACAACUUCAAAUUUAUACCUUAAUGCACAGAGACUCCUACCCACGGUUUAUGAACUCUGCUAUUUAUAAGGACUUGCUUCGGUCCUUAUCUGAAAAAUCCAUUGAAGCAUAGGAUUCUUUCUUAAUGUAUUUAUUUUAAAACAAAUGGAACUCUGGGCUACAUCAGUCAACAGGGAAUUUAGAAUUAACCAGAUAUUUACCUGAAAAUAACUCAGGCAAGUUUUAAUACAGACUGAAUGUUUUAAAUCUGCACAAGGCUCUGACACUGUAGCUAACUACAGUUUCUCAUCAAAAUAAGUCUUACUUAAAGAGAAUGAAGAGAAAGAAGAUAAAAUGUUAAAGAAAAAGUAUUUUUUACAAUGAAGCAUGCAACUCAGACACAAAUUUCUUAUAAAGGGACGUAUUUCCAAAGUACAAUUGCCAAUUAAGCAUAAAAACUAAAUUUUAUUUUUAAGUGGAGUGCUAGAGUUGAAAGUCAAACGGGUUGCCCCAUCCAUACUGUGACCAAAAUAAAAACAGUUGUGCUGUCAAUAUCUGGGUUACCCUAGACUGAAGUUUCACAUUUCAUACAAGUCGUACCUGGCACAGGUACACUCCACUUGUUUUAGAAUACGUAUUUAACACACAUGCAGUGGGCUAAUGAAAAUGAGUAUGGCAACCUCAAGUUUAUGAAAGCUAAUGGUUGAAAUAAUGCUGCCUAUAAUUUUUUUUUUCCUGAAAAAGUGUUAUUUUACUACCAAGAAUCUGCUGAAAGCAUUUUUAAGUUCAUACCGUUGAUGUUUAUAAAUUAUUUACUUAAGGGAAGGAAGAGUCUGGGCAUUUAAAUUCUUAAAUAAAGCACAAGAAUUCUCA